AUGACCAUCCGGGCCCACGGCCAACCACCCAAGACUCUGGCCACGCGACCCAAGCACCUAUUGCCCUCCCACCCCAGAAUUGGAAGGCUUCACCAGGUCAACACAGGCCGCAACGAUGCAGGGCACCUGCCCUCGCCUCCUGCUCCGGGCAAAGAUUCGGUCGAGGACGAAUAUAGGAUCCACAUGCGACAGCAGCCAAAGGCGGCUAGGUCAUGCGGGUUCGGCGAAAGAGACCGCAGGGCCAUAGAUCCGCCGCCUAUCGUGCAGCUCACCAUCACGAACCCGAACCUCACGAAAAAGGAGAUCAGUCGACGGCUAUGGGACCAGUUUUUCGUGGUCCAUUGUACCAUAUGGAGCAAGGACGGAAAGGAAGACUGCUCCAUCAUGCCGGAGGACUACCGCCAACAGCGGCGGCUCAUGGGAUCCCUUGCUGCCUCGGCAUUCGUCGGCGAAGACGAAAAUGGCGAGGAAGGUUGCUUCUUCUGCUUCUCGGACCUGUCCUGCCGUACGAGCGGAGAAUACCGCCUCAGGUUUUCCGUGGUCGUGCUCGACCCCCUCCGGGGCCAGGUCGGAAAGAACUCCAGCAUCCGGGCCUCGGUCAUGAGUGACGUGUUCACCGUCUACAGCGCCAAGGACUUUCCCGGGAUGCUCGCCAGCACGCCGCUCACCAGGCGCCUUAGGGACCAGGGCUGCCUCAUCUCCAUUAAGAAGGGCAAGGACAGAGUGGGCAGCAAGGGGCGCGAUGGGGAUGAGAGCAGCGACGAAGACGAAGAAGAAGGCGCCUCGAGCAGUAAGCGGAAACGAGCAAAGAAGCAAUGACUGCUGCCACUGGCCAGGGACGGCUGGUCUGCCCAUCGCUUGUGAAGAACCUCCCUCAAAAGCCUGCUUACCAGACCAUACCAUUGUCGGUUUUUUUUUUUUUCCCUUUUUUCCCUUUUUUUCCGAGCGGAAAUGGACGAGAGCCAGAUGUGCGUUUAUUGUGUUACGAGAACUGGAUCUAUGAGACAUGACAGAGCGAAAAGGCGUGUUGAAUACCCAUGAACGAGGCGUUGGAACACCGGUCGUUUUCCCUGGGAUAGAUACCCCGGGGCCACUUGGAUUACUCAAUAACUCGUUGGCCAGCCCAAUGACCGAAUGAGACGAACGAUUUGAAUGAUGUACUCUUUUUCGGUUUGAAAGACUUUUUUUGUGGCGCAGUGUGGUGGAAUGGAACAGACGGGCAAAUACAGCCCAUCAUGCGAGGCAGGCCAACUUGUGCGUCUAGGUAGUGAGGCAACCGGAGUUUUCAACC